AUGCUCACAUCGUCCCCGACCAUUUCAGCACCCUCGUCGCCCUCAGCAGCAUUCCACACGCGUGCCCGCUCAUAUCAUGCCUCGGCCGCCUCGACCGCGCCUUCUCCCCGAUUCUUGCCCUCGGUGAACGGCGCACCCUCCCGCAGUGUACCUUCCCUCGGCGCACCCCACACGUCGAAUGCUGCUAUGCAUUCGCUGGUGCCCACAUUCACGCGGUCACCCCAGAUUAUGAGAAGGGAGUACAGCGACGCGGGGACACAGUAUACGCCACCAGGUUACCCACCCACAUAUCACCGGCCCCCGCCAGACACCACGCCCGCCAUCAAUCUUAGCCUCAGUGAAGGAGCCCAGCGAGAGGUCUCGAGAGCAGAGAGCGAGCGGAGGGGGACCUCUGCGAAAGCUAUCGUCACGGAGCCCACAGAUCCUGACCUGCGGAUAAAUCCGCAGCCAGUUGUACCUGCGCCAAAUGCCCAACUGGCCAGGAGAUAUUCUGCCUCUGGGGAGCCCCAAGUGGGAGAACAGAGCGUAAGCCAGGGCCAGGGCCAGGGCCAGGCGAGUACUGCCCCAACGGCACAGCCGUCGACUGCUAAACGGGCGCGACAACUGGACCCCAAUGACAAAGUUCUCCCGUUGAAGUACGAGGAUUGCGACGUGAAAGAUUUGGGCGUCUUGAUAUCGGACAUGCUGAUGGAGCUGGUGCGAUUGAACGAAGAGUUUCCGUUUAAUGGUGGGCAGCUCACGAGGUUUCAUUCAAGAGCGCCGCCUGGCAUCUCGGUCCGCGACUACCUUAAUCGUCUCAUCGUACACGCAACACUCUCCCCUCCAAUUCUCCUAUCAAUGGUCUUCUACCUCGACAAGCUUUGCACCAUGUAUCCUGCCUUCAAAAUCAGCAGCUUGACAGUGCAUCGAUUCCUCAUUACUGCGGCCACCGUUGCUGCGAAGGGCUUGAGCGACAGCUUCUGGACGAACAGUCUAUACGCAAGAGUAGGGGGCGUUAGCGUCAGGGAACUAGCGCUCCUAGAAUUAGAAUUUCUACGUCAGCUAGAAUGGCGAAUCGUUCCGAAGCCGGAGACGCUCGUAGACUACUACAAGGGAUUAGUGGAGCGAGGGGCCGGCUAUGUCAUGGAGAGAGAUCCGGAGUCAGCUCAGGCGCCUGGUUCUCCAGCUCAAAAUCCACAGCUAAGCAGUUCAACGGCAGAGACCGAUGCUGGCCCGCCUGCCAGCUCAUAG